GUUCCAUGCUCGUGCACACGGUAUUGUCAGUUGGGAUCACAGACUAUUUGAUGUAAGGCGUUAAAAGCUGAGGACAGGACUCCUUUGACGGGAUAAAUAUGAGCGAUUCAGCAGGUCAGACGAUGAAAACGAGUAUAUCUUUAAGACAUUUUAUUAGUCUGUUUACACUGACUGUACAAUAGUUUGUGAAAGAAAAGUUUUGCAUGAGAGUUAAUCUCAACGCUUCGGCCGUUAGCUAACCGUUAGCUAACUCAGUUGGUGGCAAUGAUAUUUCAGACACAGCAGGGACUUAAACUCGUGCAGUAUGUUUUCUUUUGUGACCAAUAUGUUUUAUACAGAAAUAUAAUCAUGUCUUAACUUUCUUUAGAACUAUCAGCUCAAUAAGAUGCAUUAAUACUAGUUUACUAAUGAACUGUCAACUGAGUCUCAAAGAAAACCUGAAGUUGCUCAGUGAACUCUUUUUUUAACCACAUAAUAUGUAAUUAUCCAGUCUGGGCAAGCUGAAAUGAAUAGUCAUCAGGGACACCUGGUAGAUUGGUGUAUCCAGUGGGGCAUAACAGUAAAGUCAGUCAGACCAGUAUUUUCACUUUUUCUAUGUUUGUCCUAUGCCAACAGGAUUCAACAUUGAUGACUUAAUUAAUGCUGCAGCAGCGAUAGAAGGUAAACUAUUCAAAGUUACACAAAAUAAGUACACAUUUAAUGACUCUUCACCCAAAUAUAACACUAAAAUGUUUUCACGCAUUUCUUCUACUGUUAGGUGGAGAAGCACAGGAGGUCAAAGUUGACCAAAUCAUGGGCAAAGUGAGGAGGCUGUUGCAAGGUAAAGGUGAACAAAGAGUAACAUGUCUCAAGCAGACAAACAUUUCCUAAUGUUGUGUAUAAUCUGCAUGUUGGGAUUCUUUAACAUGGAACCAUAGACUGUAUAUACACUCACCGGCCACUUUAUUAGGUACACCUGUCCAACUGCUCGUUAACACUUAAUUUCUAAUCAGCCAAUCACAUGGCGGCAACUUAGUGCAUUUAGGCAUGUAGACAUGGUCAAGACAAUCUCCUGCAGUUCAAACCGAGCAUCAGUAUGGGGAAGAAAGGUGAUUUGAGUGACUUUGAACGUGGCAUGGUUGUUGGUGCCAGAAGGGCUGGUCUGAGUAUUUCAGAAACUGCUGAUCUACUGGGAUUUUCACGCACAACCAUCUCUAGGGUUUACAGAGAAUGAUCCGAAAAAGAAAAAAUAUCCAGUGAGCGGCAGUUCUGUGGGCGGAAAUGCCUUGUUGAUGCCAGAGGUCAGAGGAGAAUGGCCAGACUGGUUCGAGCUGAUAGAAAGGCAACAGUGACUCAAAUAACCACCCGUUACAACCAAGGUAGGCAGAAGAGCAUCUCUGAACGCACAGUACGUCGAACUUUGAGGCAGAUGGGCUACAGCAGCAGAAGACCACACCGGGUGCCACUCCUUUCAGCAAAGAACAGGAAACUGAGGCUACAAUUUGCACAAGCUCAUCGAAAUUGGACAAUAGAAGAUUGGAAAAACGUUGCCUGGUCUGAUGAGUCUCGAUUUCUGCUGCGACAUUCGGAUGGUAGGGUCAGAAUUUGGCGUCAACAACAUGAAAGCAUGGAUCCAUCCUGCCUUGUAUCAACGGUUCAGGCUGGUGGUGGUGGUGUCAUGGUGUGGGGAAUAUUUUCUUGGCACUCUUUGGGCCCCUUGGUACUAAUUGAGCAUCGUUGCAACGCCACAGCCUACCUGAGUAUUGGUGCUGACCAUGUCCAUCCCUUUAUGACCACAAUGUACCCAACUUCUGAUGGCUACUUUCAGCAGGAUAAUGCGCCAUGUCAUAAAGCUGGAAUCAUCUCAGACUGGUUUCUUGAACAUGACAAUGAGUUCACUGUACUCAAAUGGCCUCCACAGUCACCAGAUCUCAAUCCAAUAGAGCAUCUUUGGGAUGUGGUGGAACGGGAGAUUCGCAUCAUGGAUGUGCAGCCGACAAAUCUGCGGCAACUGUGUGAUGCCAUCAUGUCAAUAUGGACCAAGCUCUCUGAGGAAUGCUUCCAGCACCUUGUUGAAUCUAUGCCACGAAGAAUUGAGGCAGUUCUGAAGGCAAAAGGGGGUCCAACCCAUUACUAGCAUGGUGUACCUAAUAAAGUGGCCGGUGAGUGUAGAAUGGGCGUGAUCUGCCUCCUCGCUGGGGACCCUCUGGUGACAGGCUGCAGUAUAGGUCAUAAAUCCCUCUGCCAGCCACCCUUAUGGGACUGUGGAUAAACUUGAGAAAUUUAUUACGCAGAACAUAACAGAGUACAUAAAAAGAUGAAAAUAAGUUUUAAAAAUUUAAAAUGAAUGAACUCUAGAUGAAUAUCUGGAUAUGUGACUGUGUGCUCUUACUUAUUUUUAAAAUAAAUUUCAAAUCCUCCACAGAAAGUGGGCCAAGUCCCAAGAACUGAACACUUUCUUCACAAAUUUCAAAGUCACUUUUUCGUUUGUUAACUUGUUUAUCAAAUUAAAUUUCUGGGCACAAAAACAGAUGUGGAACAGCAGUUAAAAAGAGGAUUGUGGAUCUGUCAUGCAGUGACCUACUCUGUCCAGCAGGGGCGCAAAGAGGCUCGUGGCUCUGUCACGGUCUAUGGUUGUGGAUCUGCUUGGCUCUCGGGCUGUGCAGACACGUGCCAUUGUCUCAAGCAGACAAACAUUUCCUAAUGUUGUGUAUAAUCUGCAUGUUGGAAUUCUGUACACAUCGAACUAUUAACGAUUUGUACGUGUUGUUGUUUUAUUAGUAGACUUGUUUACUAGUUUUCCCUUGAGCUACCACCACGUUUCAGACCUAAAGUAUCGACAAAGAAUAUAGUGGAAGUGGGAGAACUCACUUCCGUGUCUUCCGUCUUCGUUUUACAGCUCUCAUUUCAUCCGUGCAUGGUGUCGUGGUGUGCUUCUCCAUGGCAUUAUUAAGCGGGCAUUAAAAACGUCUUGUGAUCAUUUCGGUGCUUCUACUCCAAAACAGUCGCCAUUUACAAGUUAGCCUGAAUUAAGACAAUAAAGAAAUUAAAGGAAAAAGCUGUUGUGUUUGUAUCUUGACGACUUCGAUAGUCUUUGUGAAGAUACACUUCCGCUUCCGCUUGUAGAUCGCAAUAUCUUCUUCGUUUGAUCCCUUUAAGGGGUUUAAAAUGAUCACCUGAUACAAGUGUAUCAUGUCUUCAACAGGUAAAUCGCGUCCGUAGUUUAAAACCUCUUCCACACCUAUCCCAUAGAGCGAUACGCAGUUGAAUAGAUGCGCACCAAUGAGAAGGCUCCAUGCGCGAGCUGUAUGCUAAUGAAAACGUAGUUACUAAAAUAAUAACGUGCUGGAGUCAAUGCUUUCUUUAACCCACCCUGUCAAAGUCCGUGAUCAAAAUACAUUUAAAUUGUCAUGAUUUGAAGAGGUUCAACCGAGCCUUAAAAAUAUGAAACCGUGACUGAAGCAGUUGUAGGAACCAUUCAUAGAAGUUGCCUUUACUUUAUCACGUCAUCUUCAGUGAGGUACAUCCUUACCUGUUACUCCACACGUGGAGUAUCAGAUCAUGAUGAAUGGAGCUCAAUGAGACAUGAUUAUUGUCUCCAUCUUGUGGGGAACAGCAACACCCCACAAGACCAUUCUGAUUCACAUCUGUUAAAAUUAAAACGUAUGGUACUGUAAAGUGAGGAUGAGCAGGAAUUUGUUCUAAACUCCCGCUCUAAAACCAUUUGAAAAUCAGCCACCUCUUCUUUGUGUCUAGUAAGAUUGUCAUGAUCUAUUUCAUCCAAGGCAAAAGGGCUCUGGAAGAAGAAAUUAAAGCGAUCCAAUCACUCGGUGAUUCUUUGCGGAAAGAGCUGGAAACAGGUAAGAAACAUUAUUACUUGUAUUCUUCCACAUAUGUUAUUGUACCCAUUGUACCUGUUACAUAAAGCAGAUAGUAACCUAUUUAGUUUAGACUUUGACAUUCAACAUUUGUUUGGUGAUAAAUAUUAAGCUAGAAAUAGAUAUAUAUAGAUAAUAUUGAAGUAUUUAUAUGAAUAUAUAUUCAUGAAGUGUUUAUGUGUAGUGUGAAAAAAGGAAUUCUUCUUUUUAUAGUGCAAAUAGAAGCAUAUCAGCUGGAGGAAAACCAUAAAGAAAAAGAAGGUUUGCACAGCCUAAAAUGAAAUUAAUUAUUUUUAGUUAAAUGUAUCUAUUUAAGCCCAGAUAUAUGAUGUCAUGAUACUGCCUAACAGUCUUUGACUUUGACUUAAGACCGCUUAAGUGUUUUAAUGAGAAUGCGUAUCAUCCAUAAUCAUAGGCUGAUCAGCAUAACUACAUUUUUUUGCAGAGUUGUGCAGGAAGCUGCAGUUCCAGUGUGAUGAGUCUGAGCGGGACUCUGCCAGGUGACUCCACAUUAACAAGACGAAGAAUUUUACUUUAUGUGUUUGCCAGUGAAAAGUGUGCUUCCUUUCACUGUCUCAUUUGUUUUUGUGAUAUCAACCACCAGAGGGAAGCAAAGACCUUUGUUGUUUUCUUAAGGGGCUGAUUUAUGCCUGCACACUGCAUGCUACAAUAGCAUCAUUGCGACCAUGUUUUGAUAUUUCCUGAUUCUUAUGUGGCAUUUGAGGGUUUAAUUAUGGCCAUUUUUAAACUUUACAGAUAUGAGGCAAGAGUGCAACUUUUAAAUGUCUUUUUCUAUUUCAAAAACACUUCACAUCUGGUGUAAAAACAUGCUCAAAGUUUUUGAUACGUAUUAUUUUGAUACAUUUGUGAAAUUACCACUUCUGCCUUUUUUUGUUAUUUGAGAUAGUGUUUGAAAUCGUCACUGUUUUGAAACUGAAUAACUGAGCGCCAAUAGUUUGAAGGCCUGUGGUCUCAUCACUGAGCAAUACGUUAAAGUUGUGAAUUAAUGAUCACAGUUUAUACGUGAACAUUUAAAAGAUUAUUUUGGUUUGUACUGAAAAUAAACUUUUUGCUUUGCAGGCAGAUAGAGCAGAACAAGAAAAGGGAUGAACUGUUGGAGCAGUACAGAUGUGAAAUCCAAGAAAUCGAGCUAAAGCAGCGAAAGCAGCGGUACCUGACUUUCCGAAAACAACAUCUUAACUUCAAACAUUAAAAAAUUUUUUUUAUCUUUGGUUUCCUAAAGCUGGCCUGAUUUUUGCAGCAUGAAGUUUGAAAACCAACUUCUUCAACUGAUAGAGCAGCACAAGAAUCUGUUCUCUGUCUUCGUAAGCUUUUCUGCAUUUUGAAAUACACUGCAACAAAACUUCUCACCGUUUUUAACCAAAAUGAUGAUACUGUAAAUUUUUAUGAAACUGUUGAUGACUUUUGUCCUCAAAUUUUCAACCUAGGGUCCACAAAGGCUCCCAGAUGAAAUAAGAAGUGCUGAGAAUACAAAACUUCAACUGCUGGGAACUGGUGAGUACCUGCAAAUAUUUCAUGCUCAUGCAUGCAGUGAAACAUUUGGUUUUCAAGCUUAUACAUGACUAUAUAAUUUGACCUUUAUUACAAACAUCUAUUAACUGCUUUAUUUAUUCUUGAAGUGCAAGCCAAGCUGGCUCAGCUGCACAUUCUUGAUGAGAAGCUCGAGGAAGUAAAGAAACAGACACAGCAAGCUACUACACCUGCAGAGACAUAAGUGGAGUAAAAUCCAUGUAUGUAAGUGGUUCAAAGAAUUAGAGGUCAAAUGCUUGAAGAUGAAAACUCUCAGGUACGUUUCCCAGAUACUGACUUCAGGACACCGUCAGUUCAAUGGCUGCACACUACCCACAGUCAACCAAAUACUAUAAAUUGUUUUGCUUCACAUUGUGCUGAAAAGGACCGAAGAGAUUUUACACAACUGAUUUGUAUUUACCUCUAUUUUCUGUUCAAUAUUAACUAAUAUAUAGACACUUAUUCUUUGUUCUUAUUGUUCUGAACUAUUUUACUUUGAUAAAUUGGUAAUAAUUCUGUAAAACUAGAAAUUUAGCCCAUAUGUUAUCUAUCUGUAAUCUAGAUAUCUUCUUAAUAUACAUAAGGAAACUGAUGUGUUAAUGAAAUGUGACGUGUUUUAUGACCGUUGAGUGUUGGUUUUAGUGUAGUAGAUUUCAUUGUCCUCUGACACUGUGUUCACAAUGUAAUACUUAAAAAUUUUGCUUUUUUAAAAAAUCUUCUAUCAAAGUCCUUUCAGUGCUUUGACAA